ACUCAGGGUAAUUGUCAUCAAUGCAAAGUACACUCUCAACCACACACACAAAUAGAUACAAGCCCCCCCCCUCCCUUCUUCCCCACCAACCUGUCCACUCACUCCCACAGUUUUUUCUUUCCAUGACUUAACCUUGGGUUUGAUUUUCCAUUUUUCCUGCUCCCCAGAUUUCAUCAGGCCUCUCUUCUAUUCGUGUUGUUUUAUUUAUUUAUUCUUUUGUUUACUCUCUCUCCUUCCUCUCCUCAAAACCUGCUGGUUAAAUCUUGAAAAGGGCAGCUUGCAUCUUGGGUUUCUUUUUUCGCUCUGCAAGUUUAAUUUAUCUUGGUUUGGAAAGGUAUGAAAGUGGCAUGGAGAUGGAGGAGAUGCAAACCCCAGGGUGUAAAUUUCCGAGGAUCCGCAGCAGAAGUGGUAGGAUUAAUGAUGACGCAGCCAAGAUAGGGCAUAAAGGGGAUGACCAGUGCAAGCCUGAGGAAGACGAAGCAGAUGGGGAGGAGGAGGUCAAGAGGGCCAACGUCAAUGGCAGUGCCAGAGGAGGAGGAGGUGCUGUUGGGGUGGGGGGACUGGAUAUAACUGCUUCGAGUGGUCUAGGUAGGCUUUGUGGGUGGCCUUCUUCUCGGAUUGUUAGGGUUUCACGGGCAUCCGGUGGAAAAGAUCGGCAUAGCAAAGUUUGGACUACGAAAGGACUAAGAGACCGGCGUGUUCGUUUGUCAGUGACCACUGCAAUACAAUUCUAUGAUCUGCAGGAUAGACUGGGUUAUGAUCAGCCCAGCAAGGCCGUAGAGUGGCUGCUUAAGGCUGCAGCCAGCUCUAUCGCGGAGCUGCCCUCGAUUAAUACAGCAUUUCCAGACACUCCUCAGCAGCUCAGUGAUGAAAAGAGGUCAAGUGCAGGUACUCAUGAGCACGGCUUUGAUUCUGCAGAAGUGGACAUGGAAGGUGAACUCAAUUACCAGCAACAGCAGCAGCAACAGCAGCAGCUUGGGGCUUUCUCUAAAUCUGCUUGUAGUAGCACUUCUGAGACCAGUAAGGGUUCAGGAUUGUCGCUUUCCCGGUCUGAAAGCCGAAUUAAAGCUCGAGAGAGGGCCAGGGAAAGAGCAGCUGAGAAGGAGAAAGAGAAAGAGAAGGAAGAAUCUUCUCGUGUAGCCCAUCAGCCACACCUGAAUGUGAACCCUAUUUCUGAAAAUUCUUCUUUCACUCAGCUAUUGACUGCUGGGAUGAGUAAUUCUGCUAAUGUUAGCAACACUAGCAGCAACAACAACACAACUGGUAGUCCUACAGGCGGUUCAAUUCAUCAAAACCCUGGCAGCGGUGGCGGCAGCGGCAGCGGUAGCGGCGGCAGCAAUGCCGGCGGUAAUGGUAAUAAUGGCACUGCAAAUGAGUCUAAUUUUUUCCACAAAUCAUCAUCCAGACAUUGGUCUUCUUCUACUCCUAUGGACUACUUUGCCACAGGGCUUUUAGGCCUGUCCUCUUCUUCCCGUGCUAUACAUCAACCAUCUGCAAGCUUUUUGGGGCAAAUCCAGCUGGGUAAUCCUCUUCAUCAGUCCCUGACGUCUGUAUCCUCCCCGCUGUUUACCAUCACAGCUGACCACCAUCACCACCACAGCCACCACACGGACCUUCCGCAUUUCUCGUUUGUACCGGACCACCUCGUCCCGGUUGUGACAGCUGCCGGUGGGAAUGGGAAUAGCCAUAGUAAUCAUACUGGUAACGGUAAUGGCAGUAACAGUGAUUACAAUCUCAACUUUACCAUUUCUUCUCCAUCUUCUUCCGGCCUUGCUUUCAAUAGGGGGACCCUUCAGUCCAAUUCUUCUUCUCCGCCGUCUCUGUUACCUCACGUCCAGAGGUUUUCGCCCAUAGACGGACCAUCAUCGGCUUUCUUCAGCAGCACAACCGCAUCUCCACCUAAUGCUGCUGUUGCACCUGUGGAGAACCACCACCACCACCACCACCACUUUCUCCCCGGAUUCGAUGCCCGCUUGCAGCUUUGCUACGGCGACGGUACCCGCCAUUCUGACCACAAGUCAAAAGGAAAAAACUGAGUCAUCGUCCCACCUUCUAUCCUGGUAACUGAAGAUGGCAUUCACCUGCAAGCCCAGACCAAAGCUUGCUUUCUGCCUCGGCCAUUCAUUAUUGAUUGUUAUGAUUCUGAAGUUUAUAUUCCUCAUUAUCAACUAAGUAAUUAUUGAGCUAGCACCCAAAUAUUUUGAUAUAUUGGUGCAUUGUUGCCAGGUUCUAUGUGUUUGAUGAGCUGAAAUGUUGUUCUUGAGGUUGUUAGCUUAAAAAAUAUGUUUGGUUUGCUAGUUCUGCGUAGAAA